CCUGUCCCCGCCCUGCCGGCUGCCCCCGGGGCCAGUGGAGUGGCAGCCCCAGCACAGGGACCGCCAGGGCUGUGAGGCGGCCUGGGCCCUCUGAGCCCCCCGCGUUGAGGCUUUAGCCCCAGAGUUCUUGGCCCGCCUGGACUGCCCGGCACACCUCAUUUCCUGCACCCUCUUCCACUCAGGGAGCCCCAGGAUGGUGAGGUGGUUUCACCGAGACCUCAGCGGGCUGGACGCGGAAACCCUGCUCAAGGGCCGCGGUGUCCACGGGAGCUUCUUGGCUCGGCCCAGCCGCAAGAACCAGGGUGACUUCUCCCUCUCUGUCAGGGUGGGGGAUCAGGUGACCCACAUUCGGAUCCAGAACUCGGGCGAUUUCUAUGACCUGUAUGGAGGGGAGAAGUUUGCGACGCUCACAGAGCUUGUGGAGUACUACACGCAGCAGCAGGGCGUCCUGCAGGAUCGAGACGGCACCAUCAUCCACCUCAAGUACCCGCUGAACUGCUCCGACCCCACGAGCGAGAGGUGGUACCAUGGUCACAUGUCUGGGGGGCAGGCAGAGACACUGCUGCAGGCCAAGGGUGAACCCUGGACAUUUCUCGUGCGUGAGAGUCUCAGCCAGCCUGGAGAUUUUGUGCUGUCCGUGCUCAGCGACCAGCCCAAGGCUGGCCCAGGCUCCCCACUCAGAGUCACUCAUAUCAAGGUCAUGUGUGAGGGCGGACGCUACACCGUGGGUGGUUCAGAGACCUUCGACAGCCUCACAGACCUGGUGGAGCAUUUCAAGAAAACGGGGAUCGAGGAGGCUUCGGGUGCCUUUGUCUACCUGCGGCAGCCAUACUAUGCCACUCGGGUGAACGCAGCUGACAUUGAGAACCGGGUCUUGGAACUCAACAAGAAGCAGGAGUCGGAGGACACAGCCAAAGCCGGCUUCUGGGAGGAGUUUGAGAGUCUGCAGAAGCAGGAGGUAAAGAACUUGCAUCAGCGGCUGGAAGGGCAGCGGCCAGAGAACAAGAGCAAGAACCGAUACAAGAACAUUCUCCCAUUUGACCACACCAGAGUGAUCCUACAGGGACGUGACAGUAACAUCCCUGGGUCCGACUACAUCAACGCCAACUAUGUCAAGAACGAGCUGCUAGGCCCCGAUGAGAACACUAAGACCUACAUCGCCAGCCAGGGCUGCCUGGAGGCCACAGUCAACGACUUCUGGCAGAUGGCAUGGCAGGAGAACACCCGCGUCAUCGUCAUGACUACCCGAGAGGUGGAGAAAGGCCGGAACAAGUGUGUCCCGUAUUGGCCAGAGGUGGGCACUCAGCGUGUCUACGGACCCUACGUGGUAACCAACUGCAGGGAACAUGACACAGCUGAGUACAAGCUCCGAACCUUACAGGUCUCCCCGCUGGAAAAUGAGGACCUGGUUCGAGAGAUCUGGCACUACCAGUACCUGAGCUGGCCUGACCAUGGGGUCCCCAGUGAGCCUGGGGGUGUCCUCAGCUUCCUGGACCAGAUCAACCAGCGGCAGGAAAGCCUGCCUCACGCGGGACCCAUCAUCGUGCAUUGCAGAUUCCUCAUCUGUAAGUUCAGGAUCUCCUCUGCUCGCUGUGAGGAUUCACUAAGACCCUGUCCCCGUGUCUGGAAUGCAGUCACUCUCAAGGAAUGGGAGCUGUUGAUGGUUUAGUAACUCACAUCAGGCAGAGAAUGAGGAAACGGGAGCCUUCUCUGUCCACUUCCCUUCCCAGUCCCUCCAGUGACCCCAGGCUGAGGGCCUCACAUGUCUUCCUUCUUCCCACCAGCAACGUUAGUCCUGGGGCAGGGCUGGGUGGGCUGAAUCGGGGGUGCCCCCACCUGUCAUCUAAGGGACUCUGCUCUGCCUCCAGGGGCAGGCCCGUCGCUGAGAACGACCCUCCCGCUACUCCCCUUCUACUUCUUGAAAUCCCCAUGGCCUUUAUUUAGAUGUUACAGGAAGGAAGUGGGUAAGGGGGGGUUAUUUUUGACAAUCUGGGUUUGAAAUUAGACAGUGCGACUCAGGCCACUAGGCUGGUGGCUCCACCAAGGGGGCAGGACUGGGGUCUCUGAGGGAUCCUGAGGUUCCCGAGAUCUGUGUGCCCCAGGGUGGUGGCAGAGGGUGGGGAAGGAAGGGAGACCUCAUGCCUCACAGCUCCUCCACACCUCCCCCGUGCCCUCUGUGCCCGGCUGCCUCAAAGCCUGUCCUUUCCCUGCUCUCAGGGUCUGAAGAAAACGGGAAACAAAGCCCUCUCCAAAGAUGCUCUAAAUCAAACUUUUGAAGGGUGGGGCG